AUGACAAGACAUCAUUUUGAUGACUCUACCAACCCUAUACUCACAAAACUUCCUCAUGAUUGUAUACCAACAUUAGAAAUUGAUUGUGACAUCAAUUUUACUUCUCUUGAUGACACUAAGUUCCCAUUAUUAGGCACACAUCUUCCAUACACUUGUUUGCCACAAUCUAUAAUAGAUUCGAAGUGUAAGAUCAUUUAUAUAUGUAGAGAACCAAAAGACACAUUUGUUUCAACAUGGCAUUACACUAAAAAGCUUGAAGAAACCAUCCCUGAAUUCAAAGAUAAUCCUAUCACACUCGAACAAGAAAUCGAGUGGUUUCUUGAAGGAAAAUCCUUGUAUGGACCUUAUUGGGAUCACGUGUCUGAAUAUCUAAAAGCAAGUAAGGAUCGUCAUGGAAAGAACGAGAUUUUCUUUUUGAAAUUCGAGGACUUGAGGAAUGAUACGCUGAGUUAUGUGAAGAAAUUGGCUGAGUUUAUGGGAAAACCAUUUUCUCAAGAGGAAGAGGAUCAAUUUGUACCUGAAAAAAUAGUGGCAACUUGUGAAUUUGGAAAUUUGAGUAAUUUAGAGGUGAAUAAGAGUGGAUCGCAUAAUCCAAAACCUGGGAUAAAAGUUAAUAAUAAUGCUUUUUUUCGUAAAGGAGAGAUCGGAGAUUGGAAGAAUCUUUUGAGUGAAGAUGUGGCAAAAUCAAUUGACAACAUAACUAAGGAAAAACUUCAAUCUUUAAUUUGGGAUUGA